AUGAAAAAAGGUCGAGGUCAAACUAUUGACAAGGUACUUUCCUGUGACAAGAGUCAUGAACAUAAUAAAGUUACAUCAAAGCACAAGAAGGCUAAAUUUCAUGAACUGCUGGCUUGGCAAAAGGAAUUGAAAGGAAUAAAACGUGAAAAGCAGGAAGAGAUUGAGAAAAAACGACAGGAGCGACUUAAGAAACGUAAAGAACGCAAUGUAUCUAUGCAAAAGUUGACCAGAAAGGGGCAACCGGUUAUGAAGCACCGCAUUAAACUUCUUUUGAAACAGCUAUGCACGGAUAAUUCUUGAAUAAAUCCUGUUGAUGCCGCUAAUGCUUAAAUUCUAUAGUACGGCCGUGGACUUUAAUUUAUAGAAAGGAUAUACGCAUACACAUUAUUUCUAGAUUGACUAUACUCAAUCCAGAAGACCCUUACUGGUCUUAUAAAAUUUUGACAGAGGAGUCGACUCAUCUGUCGCAAUCGCUCUAUAGUGGUUUCUGCUACGUGAGUUGGCAACUAUAAAAAUAGUAU